AUGGUUGACCAUCUAAUUUUAUUCAAUGAAAAUUCACGAUAUGGAUUGAAAUUGAAUACAUUUGAUUUUAAUAAUGUUAUUACUAACAGUUCAGCAUUAUAUCUUGGUGCACAUAAAAUUGAAGAAAUCGGAGAUUAUAAUGGCAAUGUAUCAGUACAAAAAAAAUUUCUUCGGAAAGAAUUUAAUUUUGGUUUACAAGAACGUUUAACUGGCACAGAUAUGCCAGUAGAAGAAAGUGAUUUUAAAAUCGAAUCGUUUAAUAUCACUAAUUCCAAUAUAAAAUGUGUUUCAUUCAGUAAUUUACAACGAUUUGUAUUUGGUGAACAAUAUUUAUUUAUUGACCAAGAUUAUUCGAUUGAACCAACACCUUCAAAACGAUUAAAAUCAUCAAGCACUAAUGAGAAGGUGAGAUCAGGGAAUAUGAAAAAAAAAUAUUUAAAGGAAAAUUAA